AUGACUGGAGUUGAUGAAAUCCUGAAUUACCAGAAAAAUCCGGACGACGACUUCUACGGGCUUCUGGGCUGCGACGAAAGCUCCACGGUUGAACAAAUAACUGCAGAGUACAAAGUAAGAGCUCUACAAUACCAUCCAGACAAAAAUAAUGGUGACAAAGAAGCUGAAGCAACAUUCCAAAAGUUAAAGGAGGCAAAGGAAACCCUCUGUGAACCAUCAAAAAGAGCACUGUAUGACAAAUGGAGAAAUAGUGGCAUUGCCAUGGGAUACAAACAAUGGUUGGGCAUGAAAGACCAUGUCCAACAAUCAAUGCACUGGUCCAAACCCAACACCAAGGAUCGCAUGCUUGAAGAUGACUCAGGGCGUUCAUCUGGACCAUCCAGUCUUGGACCAAGCAACGCUGCUGCUAGGCGCGCUUCUGAAGGCGGCGCAAACCUUUGGGGACGCUGGGGUGGCGGACGCCAGGAACCACCAUCUGACGUCAUCUCCAAAUUCCGUAAUUACGAAAUUUAA